CGGCUGCUGCCGCCGCCGCAGCAGCAACCGCUGCUGGGGAAUGAUCUGGGCGGCAGCGGGCGGCCCGGGCUAGCAGCCACGAGCCACUUCUGCGGCUGCCGAGAAGAGCGAGGGUCGCCGGGCUCGUGUCGUCCCCCUCUCUGCCCCCCCGGAGGGGCGAGAGGGAGCCGAGGCUGAUGUCAGGUACGCCGGCGGAGGCGCCCUCAGACUGUGGGUCCAAUGUCUCGGUUCCCCUCGCCCUCCCCCUCUCGGAGCGUGAGUGUCCUCUCGUGCCCCUCGCCUCCUCGCGCGUCGCCUGCCGUCGGGUCGCGACGGUGAGACACGGGCUGCGCUCCGGACCGCGCGGCUUGAGCACUUAGCGGUCGUGCCCCGCUGGGCCCUCUCCCUGCGGACCUGCGGGCGCUCAGGUGUGGACAUCUUCCAGGAGAGCAGCCGGGCUGCCGCGCCGCCCCGGCGCCCAGCGAGCGGGCGCCUUCCGCAAGUGCCGGGGGACUUCCUCAGGGCUCUCUUGGACCAGCAGAAAUACAUUUUCGGGAAAUGGCCUCUAAAUCUUGGCUGAAUUUUUUAACCUUCCUUUGUGGAUCAGCAAUCGGAUUUGUUUUAUGUUCUCAGCUACUUAGUAUUUUGUUGGGAGAACAGAGGGACCUCCAGCCUAAUAUUCUUCAUAAUGAUCCUCAUGCUAGGCAUUCAUAUGAUAAUGAACAGAAUCAUCUAGAAGGACAGAUGAACUUUGAUGCAGAUGCUAGCCAACAUAAAGAUGAGAACACUGACAUCGCUGAAAACCUCUAUCAGAAGGUUAAAAUUCUUUGCUGGGUAAUGACAGGGCCUCAAAAUCUAGAGAAAAAGGCAAAACACGUCAAAGCUACAUGGGCCCAGCGUUGUAAUAAAGUGUUAUUUAUGAGUUCAGAAGAAAAUAAAGACUUCCCUGCUGUGGGAUUAAAAACCAGAGAAGGCAGAGACCAACUAUACUGGAAAACAAUUAAAGCUUUUCAGUAUGUUCAUGAUCAUUAUUUAGAAGAUGCUGAUUGGUUUAUGAAAGCAGAUGAUGAUACAUAUGUUAUAUUAGAUAACUUGAGAUGGCUUCUCUCAAAAUACAACCCUGAAGAACCCAUUUACUUCGGGAGAAGAUUUAAGCCCUAUGUAAAGCAGGGCUACAUGAGUGGAGGAGCAGGAUAUGUACUGAGCAAAGAAGCCUUGAAGAGAUUUGUUGAUGCAUUUAAAACAGACAAAUGUACGCAUAGUUCCUCCAUCGAAGAUUUAGCACUGGGGAGAUGCAUGGAAAUUAUAAAUGUAGAAGCAGGAGAUUCCAGAGAUACCACUGGAAAAGAAACUUUUCAUCCCUUUGUACCAGAACACCAUUUAAUUAAGGGUUAUCUGCCUAGAACCUUUUGGUACUGGAAUUAUAACUAUUAUCCUCCUGUAGAGGGUCCUGGUUGCUGUUCUGAUCUUGCAGUUUCUUUUCACUAUGUUGAUCCUACAACUAUGUAUGAGUUAGAAUACCUCGUUUAUCAUCUUCGUCCGUAUGGUUAUUUAUACAGAUAUCAACCUGCCUUACCUGAGAAGAUGCUAAAGGAAAUAAGUCAAACAUACAAAAACGAAGAUACAAAAGUAAAUCAGGAGCCCUUGAAAGAAAAACAUAAAUGAACAGAGGUAAAAUGUCUAGCAUUGCACUGAAGAAGAACUUCUCCAUUUCUGAUAUAGAACACUGGAAUCCCAGUGAGGAAUUCUUUCUAAGUGAACAUCCCAUAUUAGAAAUUUUUCAUAUGAAUGACUGUAAACUGAAGCUUUAAGUGAGCUGUGAAGUCUGUUGAAAUGUGUUUUGAUACAGUAAUAUAUAUACAUAUAUGAAAAACUUGUGUUUUUAAAAUAGUGGCCAGGCAGAGGAACAAGAAGAGAUUUUGUUGCCUGUUCCUGACCACAUGUAUUAUUUUCACUGAGAAAAUUAAACAGUUAAAUUUGCUAAAACUACACUGCAUCAUUGUUAGUAACCCACACACGAUGCUACACAGAUCUGCCUUAAAGAAAAUUUAGAAGGAAAUAUUGUUGCUCAGUGUUGCUUGUAAACUCAAAACAUGAGUUUAUAUUUGCAGUAUGAUAUAAAUGAACCAACCCCCCCCCACACACACACACAUCCAACUUUUGUCUAAUGAAAAUUUUGCUGUGACUAUUUAUAAUUGGCAGUAUUUCUUCCAGAGUAAGGUAGAAUAAGAAUGGCACUUGACCUAAAGUGCAUUAAUAAAACCACAUUUUGAAAUUA